AUGUGGAAAUGGAGUCACGGUGACAGUAUACCCAGGCUCCCGCCCUGCCAGCCUGUCAGCCUGCCAGACGCUCCCCGGCUCUCUCUCAAUGCGUGCGGCUCCAGGCCUGCAAACUCCGCCGAGCUCGAUAAAAUCCGCGAGAACCAUGGAGGUUUUGCCAGGCCCAAGUUCAGAGCAUCCGAAGCGCCCCGAUGCAGCCCACAGGAGGACAAGGCCGCCCACCACACCGAGACCCCUCCAUACGCACUGGUCCUGGACGACGCUUUCUAA